AGGAGAAAUUCAUCUUGCGCAAACAUCAACAUUCAGUUUCAGACGUCAGCAGAAGCGGCGUACCGGCUCGUAUUUUCGAAAUGGAAGUUUUGUACAGUUUACCGUAUCAACUUUUAGAAGUUCCCAAUAUCAAAGUUAAAUGGCCAUCAUGGUUUCGUCAACCUUCCUCCAUGGGCGUGUACGCUAUGGUGCUCCUUUCGUAUUUUUUGGUAACGGGAGGCGUUAUAUAUGACAUCAUCACAGAGACUCCAGGGUAUGGGACAGUAACUGAUGAGCGUGGAACUAGAACUGUGGCGAUUCUACCUCAUCGUGUUAAUGGCCAAUACGUCAUUGAAGGACUGACUUCCUCAUUCAUGUUCACUUUGGGUGGUUUGGGCUUCAUUGUUCUAAAUCAGACCCAUAGCCCGACUACUCCUAAAUUCAACCGCCUUCUUCUCAUAGCUGUUGGAUUCUUGUUUGUUAUUGUUUCAUUCUGCUCAUGUUGGAUUUUCAUGAGAAUCAAACUUCCAGGAUACUUGAACUCAUAAAUGGCACUAAUUGAACUGGAUUCCAUGAAUCUGCGUGCACAUCACAACAUGAAUGUGAAAUGUCCAAAUCUCAUAGCCCAAACAAAUGCUUUAUAUCUAUCCAUUUGUAUCCCAACCAUUUUGAAAAUACUAAUGUAAUAUUUUUACUAAAUAUAGUGACUGCUUAUUUAUC